CCGUUGGAGCGCCAUGGAGGCGGUGGGCGCCGCGCUGGGAGGCUUCCCCGCCGCAGGCCUCGCCGGAGGGAUCGGCUUCGGAGUCACCGCCUGCGCCGCCGCCGGGGGAGCCUGGCUCUACCACGCCGCCCGCAGGAGGAAGCCCACCCACAUGACGGUGAACUGCUGGUUCUGCAGCCAGGACACGGUGGUGCCGUACGGGAACCGCAAUUGUUGGGACUGUCCGAACUGCGAACAGUACAAUGGCUUCCAAGAGAACGGUGACUACAACAAGCCCAUCCCGGCUCAGUACAUGGAGCACCUGAACCACGUCAUCUCAGGCACGGGCCCCCCCUGCGACCCCUCCAGGCCCCAGCAGUGGGUCAGCAGCCAGGUCCUCCUCUGCAAGAAGUGCAACAACCACCAGACCACCAAGAUCAAGCAGCUGGCCUCCUUCACCCCCAGAGAAGAGGGCAAAUACGACGAGGAGAUUGAGGUGUACAAGCACCACUUGGAGCAAACAUACAAACUGUGCCGCCCGUGCCAGGCGGCCGUGGAGUAUUACAUCAAGCACCAGAACCGCCAGCUCCGGGCCCUCCUCCUCCGGCACCACUUCAGCCACCGCAAGGCGGACAAGACCUACAUGCAGAGCUUUUACACCGCAGCAUCGUCCUCCUCGUCCACCACCCCGUUCCAGGUCGUCGCCCUCCGCUUCCUGGCUUUCCUCGUCUGCGCCGUCCUCCUCUUCAUGGCCUCAUGCGGAUCUGGGAACCCAUUCGCCCCGGAGCCAGCGGCUACUGCUCCGCCGAGCCCGACGUCGGCCAAGAACGGGACUGGGGAGGGCUCCGCAACCGUCACCUCGAGCAACAAUGGCACUCUGCUCGACUUCCUCCGCUGGCAGGAAGUGACGCGCCUGUUGCCAGAAGGAGCGGUGGAGGCGCUGGGCGCUGCUUGGUGCUACGGGAAGAACCACCAGACAGCGGUCGUGGUCUUCGGCCUCCUGACAUGCUUCUUGGCCAUGCUGCUGGCGGGACGGAUCAGGCUCCGCCGCAUCGACGCCUUUGCCUCCGUGCUGUGGCUCCUGGUGAUGGGCUUCCACCUGGCGGAGACCUACCUGCAGGCCGACCCGCCCACCUGGAUGGACACCGCCAAGUUCGGCACCACCUCCCUCUGCUGCCUGGUGGGCUUUGCGGCAGCCGUGGCCACCCGGAAGCCGGCGGCAGGCCAGCGGAGACCACGGCCACGAAGGUCAGAGCCCGGGCCGUAGACCCUGGGGGGAGAUAAGCAAGCCGGAAACACAAACCUCUGGCAGCUGCCUCUGGCGCUUCGCUCUAAAAUGCUUAUCCCGCAUCUUCAUUCUCUCCAUUCUUUUAAAUAUAUAUAUAUCCCCACAUCUUGCUCUGUAUUGCAUCUCUCCUCCAUCUGGAUUCUGCGGCGCAACAGGAGGCCCCAUCUCUUGCCAUUGACUUCUCGUUAUCGCACAACUCCGUAGCUCCGUUUGCACUGUUAUAGCGCUUCAACCCCUUUUCUACAUCUGGCAGUGUAUUGGGAUUUAUAGUUUUGGGGAGUGUCAUUGUAUACGGGAGCGGAGACCUAGUGUUGUUUUAUUUUUGUCAAUGGAAGUUCGCAUUAGCCCCCCCCCCCCCCCCCCCCCCCCCCCCCCCCCCCGGAGAACGUUUGGCCGAAACCAGUUCGAAACUAGUUUCAGACUGGUUUCGUAGUGGCAGCUUCUCACUAUUAGUCUAGUGUGUAUUUUUAUUUUAUUUAUUAUUCUUAUUACUAUUGUUAUUAUUAUUACAAUUAUUAAUAGCCAUUAUUUAUUAAUAAUAAUAAUCAAUUUAUAAUAAUAUUUUAAUGAUUAUUAAUAAUCAAUGUUAAAUAUUAAUGAUAACUCUAAAUAGUAUAAAUAUUAAAUAUAAUAUCUAAGUUAUUAUAUUUAAUAUUUAUACUAUUUAGAGUUAUCAUUAAUAUUUAACAUUGAUUAUUAAUAAUCAUUAAAAUAUUAUAAAUAUUGUUAAAUAUUAUUACAUUAUUAAUUGACAGUUACUAAUUAGCUUUGUUAGUUGUUAUUAUUAAAUAUUGCUAAUUAUUAAAAUUAUCAACAAUUGAUAAUAAUUAUUAUUAUCAAUAACAUCUAUUAAUAAAUAAUAUGUUGAUUAUUAAUAAUUGUUAUGAUUAUUAAUUAUUGAUUAUUAAGUAUCAUUAUUUAGUCAAGGGGUGAGAAGUUGGGGUUGGUUUAACAUGAGCCCUAAAAAUGUAUCAUCCCAGAGGGUCCUUCAUUGGCAGGGUGUUGUCACGGUUAAAACCGGAUCAGAACUGGAUUAAAUGUACAGUGUAGAUGGCCUCAAGGGAAUUAGUAUUUUAUUUUAUUUUUUGAGUGCAGUGGGAAUAUGUUUAUAUUGACCCACACUUUGAAAAAAUAAUAACAGCACUGCACCAUCAAUAAUGCAGUGGAUGUAACAGUGAGAUAAUCUCUUAAUUGCCUGCCCUUAAUUAACAGCAUGCUGCCGCUGUUUGUUCUCUUAACCUAUCUUCUGAUACAAGGAAAGCUUAAUCCCUUAAUUUCCAUUGCAAUUAGGGUGUGUGUGGUUUAUUAUUUUUUUUAGAGUAACCAUAUUACCUGAGGCUGUUGCCUAUGUUAUAAAAGCAAUAAUAUCGGGAAUCUUUCCCAAACUACAUAGAAAGCCAUGCAUUCGCUAUUCAUGGUUGGGUUUGUGUUUUCCUAAUAAGCGGUUGGAGUGGCUUGUUUGUACGUGUGUUUCUAACCGGAAAUAAAUGUUAUUUUCCACCACAGAAAAUAAUAAUUAUCCUUGCAUCCUCUGCUUGUGCGUGGGGUUUUGGUAGGGGAUUAGCUGACACGAGAGGAUUGGGAAUGUUAAUGUGUUUGGAGCGUAGUUCCCAGAAUCCCCACGAGCCAGGAAGCGAUGACUUCCAGGACUCUUUAAUUCCUUCCUAGUGAUUGCAAGUCCCAUCACCCUUCAUUAUUGCAUCAGUGGGGAGUUCUAUUUGCAAAUCCCACAUAUAUCUCCAUCCUUCCUUUAGAAUAAAGCUUUCAGGUUAAUUUAAAUGUCAUAGGGGUUUCUUAUGGACUAGAAACUUGAAAUAAUGAAUUUGAUGUAAUAUUAGGUCAACCCCUAGGAGUCCUUGGCAGUUUAUAGUGGAAUCAUGCUGUAUUAUUAUGGUUAGCUUUGGGUUGCUUUGAGUAUUCCAGGCUGUCUGGCUGUGUUCCAGAAGCAUUCUCUCCUGACGUUUCGCCCACAUCUAUGUCAAGCAUCCUCAGAGGUUGUGAGGUCUGUUGGAAACUAGGCAAGUGGGGUUUAUAUAUCGGUGGAAUAAUGCCCAGGGUAGGAAUCUGCUUGAGGCAAGUGUGAAUGUUGUCAUUGGCCACCUUGAUUAGCAUUGAAAGGCUUUGCAGCUUCCAAGCCUGGCUGCUUCCUCCCUGGGGAAAACCUUUGUUGGGAGGUGUUAGUUGGCCCUGAUGGUUUCUUGUCUGGAAUUCCCCUAUUUUCUGAGUGUUGUUCUUUAUUUACUUUGUUGAAUGGCUUCAAAGCCUGGCUGCUUCCUGCCUGGGGGAAUACUUUGUUGAAGUUGCAAGGCCAUUCAAUGCUAAUCAAGCUGGCCAAUGGCAACAUUCACACUUGCCUCCAACAGACAAGAGUUCUUUCUCCCACCCUGGACAUUAUUCCACAGAUAUAUAAACCCCACAGGCCGAGUUUCCAACAGACCUCACAACCUCUGAGGAUGCCUGCCGUACAUGUCGGUGAAACGUCAGGAGAGAAUGCUUCUGUAACAUACAGCCUAGAAAACUCACAGCAACCCAGUGAUUCCAGCCAUGAAAGCCUUCGACAACACAUUGAAGUAGUAUUUCUUAUAUUUACAGAGCCAGACAUAACCAGAAAGGUACAAAACCUGAAUGAAGCAGUUUGGGGGAGGAAUCUUUCUCCUCCACCUUGAUACACUUUACUCUAUUAUUAUUAUUAUUAUUAUUAUUAUUAUUAUUAUUAUUAUUAUUAUUAUUAUUAAAUAAGUCCAAGUGUUUUGACCUGGAGAGCCCAAGUUUGCCCAUGCCUGAUUUAGUCACAUUACCCAAUGGCAUAGGUACUUAAUUGAAAGGGUAUUAUUAUUAUUAUUAUUAUUAUUAUUAUUAUUUGAAACACAACAAGAUGAGUCCACAGCAGACUCAUUAUUAUUAUUAUUAUUAUUAUUAUUAUUAUUAUUAUUAUUAUUAUUAUUAUUAUUAUUAUUAUUUUAAUAUGCAUGGGUUUGGUGGCAAUGGUAGUGACAUUUUAUUGCAUUUUCCCUCUCCUCUUUCCCACAAUAUUUUCCAUGUGUGUGUAUGUGUGUAUUUGGUUAACUCUUAAUACACUGAAGUGAGUAUCCUGCUUGUUUUGUUUUUUUGGAAUGCAGCCUUGAUAUAAAAUAUUUGGUGUGUGUUUUGAACUGAAAGUUGGCAACAAUGUAUAAAAAGCAUUUAGUCCAGGCAUGGUUAGGAAUUGUGGGAGUUGAAGUCCAAAACACCUGGAGGGCCCAAGUUUGCCCAUGCCUGAUUUAGUCACAUUACCCAAUGGCAUAGGUAAUUAAUUGAAAUAUUAUUAUUAUUAUUUGAAACACAACAAGAUGAGUCCACAGCAGACUCAUUAUUAUUGUUAUUAUUAUUAUUAUUACAUUAUGACACAGCAAACAAGAUAGAUAUGCUGGAUUUCAUAUUAUUAUUAUUAUUAUUAUUAUUAUUAUUAUUAUUUCAUUAUUAUUAUUAUUUCAUUAUUAUUAUUAUUAUUAUUAUUAUUAUUAUUAUUAUUAUUUCUUUCCUUGUGGUAAUCAGUUGGGAGUAAUUCAGCUGUUCGAUGUUAGUUUUGAAAACUUUUGAAUUGGAACCUAAUGGAAGGAGAGAGUCAGAAACACUGGGAUGUCUGUGAUGGAGGCAAAACAGAAAAUCUAGGGUGAAAUUGUCCUCAAAUGAAAGCCUUCCCUUGGGUGGUGGGCAGUGUGGAGUUUGUGCAGGACAUUGGCAGGGCUCUUGGACAUGUUCACGGCGCUCACGAUAAUCUGAAAUGUCAUUGGUGGGAGGGCCAUUGGUGUCUCCUGAGUAGUGGGAGCUAUAGCUAUUUGUGGAAGAGGGAGCUUGUCUGUGUAAGUGGACACCCCAGCCACACACAUACAUACCCAUUUCCACUUUUACUAUGUGUAUACAAACAAGUGGUGCCAAACUGGGCUAAUUCCGCAGUGUAGAUGCACCUAAUUUUUGGAGAUCGAGGAUGAUCACCAUUUCCAGGCGGAUAUAAUACCAUCUUUCUUUCGACGCCUCAAUUAUUGACACUUAAUUUUGACAGAUCAAAAUGAGAGCUGUGAUAACACACUUUUCGAUCCCUGGUCCGCUCUUCUUUGGCCUCGUUCUGCCUCUUCCUUAUCUUUCUCACUCACUUGAGCACCAUCUAGUGUUCGGUGUGAAAAUUAUCACCAAUCACUCAAGUGCCAUCUAGUGUUCGUUGUGAGGAUUGCCACUGUCAAUAUGCUGAAUAUGGUUGAAAAGUGCAAUCCGUAGAUUGUACUUUUCAACCGUUUUUAUAUUUUGACCGUACCCUGGUCCCUAACCUUUUUGAUCAGCAAAAAGCCGUGUAUAUAACAGAGAAAAGCGGAUAGAAUUACCAAGUUGAUCCUGUCCUUAAAGGGAGUCUUCUUCCUUCCCCUUUCUCCCCACUUUGACCCCCACAUUCUUUUUUUGCAGAAGGAAUAUAUAUUCGAUUUUUGCAGAUCUCCCCUUUGUCAUCAUGAUUCUUUACACUUUGUAAGCACUUAACCACUGUGUAGUCCUGUACUACUCUCAGAUACUCCAAUGUGUGUCUUUAUUUAUGAUUACUAUAUUAUUAUUAUUAUUAUUAUUAUUAUUAUUAUUAUUAUUAUUAUAAGGAAUAAGCCUUCUUUAAAAAUACUCUUUAUUUUAUAUAGCAUUAAUUGUGCCUGAUUGUCUAGUUAACACACUAUAUAUAUACAUAAUUGUUGUAAACACUACUCGAGCUGCCGAGUAUAAUAAAGGGCUCCUUAGCCGUACCACUUUUCAAA